AUGGAUAUCCUUUAAAACCAAUUAAAAAGCAAAUUCCAAAAUGUGAUUUGCUAAUAAUGCCAUAGUUUGUUAAGCGUGUGCUUAGAUGUUUUCUGCAAAUCUCAAAGAAUAUUUUGCAAUACAUGCUUAGAACAAAAGCAAGAUUUAGAUUUAGAAAAUAAUAAAUAGACAUAAGGAUUAUUCAAACCUUAUCUUGAACAAAACUCCCAUAAAAAGCAUGAAUAAUAGGUAUUUUUCAUAGCUUAAUUGUUAGAUAUGUAGAAGAAGGAAACAAUAAAAUUCUAAUCACACUAGCUAGAUGAAACUCCAGUUAUUUAAUAGUAAAAGGAAAUUUACUUAAAUCUGAUGAAUGAAAUUGAUAAUUUUGAAAAAUAAGUUUCUCACGAAUUAAAGUUAGUAAGGUCGAACAUAAAUGAAAAGUACAACUUAAUUAGCUCUUCUUUUGAUUAGUAUGUUUAAAUUGAUAUAGAUCAAAUAAAAAAUAUCUUGCUGCAGUAUAGAGAGGAGUAUUAAGUUGCAUUUGAGCAAAAGGUUUAAGAAUAUGUCAAAAAUCUCAUGCACCCUAUUCAUCUUAACUUUGCAGUAUUUAAGAGCAAUUUAGAUAAUGUAAAGGAGACAGCAUUGAAUCACAUUAAAACUAUUGCAAAUUAAGUAAAGCUGUAAAAUAAAGUAGAUGUUAUUGAUUUGUUGGAAGAAAAAUGGAAUAGCUCUAUUCACGAUAUGACAUGCUACAAAAACUGCUUUGUCCUUAGCGGUGAAGCCCUUAGAUUAUACACACCCAGUAGCAAUAUAAAUAAAUUGUAAAAGUCAUUUGAUUUUAAUAUCAAUGAUACCAUUCGUUGUGUUUAAGUAAGCAGAGACGGAUCCAUUUUAGCUGCAGGUGGAAAUGGAAAGUUAAUUCUAUUUAAUACAGAAAAUAUGUAAAUAAUUUUUAAUCAAGUAAACAGCGCUUCUUCUAUCUAAUACUAUUCAGUAGACAUUUCACCUGAUAAUAAAUUCUUUGCCUUUAGUGUUAAGAAUAAAAAAACAAGCAAUCAAGUUUUCAUAUUUGAUAUCUCUAAUGUUCACUCUGAUCCAAAGUUCAAGUAAGUGCUAGUAGAUCACAACAGUUUAAUUUUAACCACUAAAUUUACUAACGACGGUAAAUUCUUAGUUUCAUCUGGGUGUGAUUACAAGAUAAUAAUAUAUGCAUUCGAUGAAUAAGCAAAAGAAUUUAAAAAGGUUCAAGUUUUGAGAGAUAAUGAUGAUAUAGUCAACGAAGUAUCUCUAAGCUAAGAUUCUAAAACUCUGGUUAGUGUUUCAAGUGAUGGAAAGUGCUUUAUUUACUAAAGAAGAGACGAUGAAGCUUAAAAACAAGAAGAAGAUGAAGAAAUUUUAAAGAAAAUUUAAAUGUAAAAAGAUUUAGAAAGACUUAAUUAAGUUCAGUACACAAAUACGAUUGAAGAAGAAAAACAAUAAGAUCUUCAAUAAAAUUAAAUUUCAAAUAAUUUAUUAAUGAAUAAAAUUCACUCAAAUCCAUUCUUAGCUUAAUCACUGAUUGAAGAUAAAAACUACAUUAAAUACAGACAUGAAAAUAACAAAGCUUAAGUAGAAUAGGCUAUUUAGAAGUCUAAGGAUGAAAACAUUGUCUAUGAAAAUUUUGAAGAUAUAUUUGAGUUAAAGGGUUGCUUCUAAAUGGUUGGUAAAAAAUCAAUAAGUAGCGUUGACAUCAAUAAAUCUGGAAAUUUUAUGGCACUAAGCACUGGAGAAGAUGUUCUUCUAUACGACAUUUCUUAGAAGAGUAAUCCUCGUCUUCUUAGCUGUAUAACAAGCCAAUCAAUAGCUGUCAUAAAUAAAGUUAAAUUUUCUUAAUAUGAAAAUUCAAUAUACACUUGCGAUUAAUCAGGAAAUUUCUACAAUUUUAAGUUUUGA